AACUUCAAAUGGUUUGUCAAAAAUUGCUUUAAGCUCGUAUGGGUUAGUUUUACACUGUUACAUACAACCCAUUUACAACCAUUUGUUUGACGUUGAGGAGGAAUUUCUUAGACGAAUUUACUUAAUACCAAUCAAUCGGGGGUUAUAAGUCUGGGCAUAGUUGCAAUAUCGCACUGCUCAAAAGCCUAGAGGACAUUCAUCCGAGGCACAAUAACGGGAAUUGACCAUUUUUGUUAAGAUUGAUUUCUCUAAAGUCUUUGAUGCCAUUGGCUAUAACAUAUUGCAAAAGCUGGAAGUUUAUUACGGCUUCGGUUCGUCUGCGAUUAACUUAACUUAAUUAAAUCUUAUUAGGAAAGUCGGUGUCAACGUGUGCUAAUUGGCUUGAUUACGUCUGGUAUCGUGCAAGUCUCCAUCUUGGAGCCUAUCUUAAUCGGUGUCUUUCUAAAUGACUUGGUCCCGUUUUGUCAUGAUUGUAGCAUUCACUUCGAUGCUAAGGAUGCACAAAUAUAUUUCACGCGCUUGCUUAGACUUGUGGAGGAUCUGGUCCAGUGAAUAAAUAAUGAUUCGGGCCGUAUUAUUCUCUGGUCUGAUUUUAACGUUUCAAAGCUAAAUUCAAGCAAAGCUACGGCCCCUGUAAUAUCGCCUACAGGUUAUGAUUCCUGUUCUUUACCACGUAUUAAAAUGGUUGAUGCGGAUAUUGAAUUUGGUAGCGCGUUCAAAAUUGUGAUUUUAAAUUCAACUCUCGGUUGAGCGUAGAGGGGCAUGUUCAUAAUAUUUGAAGAAAACUGUGGUUAUUCUCAUCUUACAUUCCAAUCUUCAUCAAAUUAAGAUUAAUUAAAUAUCUUGUCGUGCCGCCCAUACCAUACGGAGCAUAUGCAUAUGGGAAAUUAGAUUAUGUUAAUCCGAACGAACGAUGGAAUGCGAUCCUACCUGAUCAUAAAUACUUCACAUCAUCAUCAUCAAGGCUAUUCUCUGUUAAUGCUGUAAAGUUAUGGAACUCGCUACCACCCCAUAUCAAAAGGAUUAUUAAUCCUAGUCGAUUUAAAAUAGUUAUAAAAGCGUUUUAUAAAUUAUAAUUUAUGAUUGGUUCUGAAUCUUGGCUUUGUGUUAUAUUGUAACAUAUUAUUUUGUUAUGUCUUUUACAUCUUUUUACCUUCACUGUUGUUGACUAUGUUGUUAUACCCGAAAGAGACUUUGUAGUGGUUAACUGACAAAUUAAUUAUUAAUUAUAAUAAUGAUUGUUAUUGUAUAAUGAAAUUAUCUUUAAUAAUAAUUAUUGUUAAAUUAAAGAACUUAAUCUCAAGGUCACACUUAAGUGAGCGAGAUUUAUUCAAGUCUAUAAAUCUCCUGCAGCUAACUAACUAUGAAUGUUUUUAUAAAUGAAUCAAUAUCAGUCAGUCUUAAGAAAAAAGAAGAAGAUAAGUCAAUUCUUAAAAUACCGUUAGGUAGAUUAAGUGAUAUAUGGCGGCUUAGUUGACGUUUGCUUAAUCGCGCUUAAUCGUAAUACUAUUUUUUUUUUUUGUUUUUAAAAGCAAUCAGAGCAAAAAAAGGAAUUAUUUAAAAAUUCGUAAAUAUGACAAAAAUUGUUUUACUGCUAUUUGUUUUAUAUACGUCGGCACAAGCGAGCCAAUUUGAUUGUCCCUCGUUAAGCGAUGGCGAUAGCCUAUCGCAGACACAAUUACUGGAACGUUUGACUCAUAGUUGCCGUUACGAUCGGUUGGAAAGACCCAUAACAUAUACGGAAAAGGGAUCGCGUUUACCUGUCGAUGUUUAUGUGCGUUGGUAUAUCUAUUUUAUGCAAAAUUUGGAAGCCCACGAUUUGCAAUUCAAGAUACAUGCAUUGCUCCAAUUUCGAUUUUUGGAUCCCCGUUUAAUAUUUCGUAAAGUAUCUCCAAAACGUAGUCAACCGAUAUUGGGUGAAGCAAAUUUACGUGACAUACUUUGGAUGCCGCAUAUAUUUUUGGCGAAUGAACGCGAUUCCAGCAUUAUGGGUACUAACGAGAAGGAUAUUUUAACUUCGGUCUCUCUGGACGGCACAGUUAUAAUAUCAAGCCGUAUUACAGCGACUUUAUAUUGUUGGAUGAGUUUGCAAAAAUUUCCCUUUGAUGAGCAACAUUGCUCUACGUAUUUGGAAAGUUGGAUGUAUAAUACGUCGGAAUUAAUUUUGCAUUGGGAACAAAAGCGACCGAUAACCUUUAAUCCGGAUGUACAUUUGACGGAAUACGUUUUAAAGCAAAUUUGGUCAAAUAAGUCCACAAUUAAUGCAGAUCUAAACGAUUUAAGACAUGGAGCAUUCGCUGGCAAUUACAGUUCAUUGAGUUUUACUGUACAACUAACGAGAGAAGUAGGAUUUUACGUUAUGGAUUAUUUUCUACCUUCCAUGCUAAUAGUGGGUGCAUCAUGGGUGUCAUUCUGGUUGCAAGCAGAUCAAGCAGCACCACGUCUUAUGUUAGGUACUUCCACAAUGCUAACAUUUAUAACGCUAGCGUCAGCUCAAGGCAAGACUUUGCCUAAAGUCAGUUACAUCAAAGUGUCGGAAGUGUGGUUUUUAGGUUGCACUCUCUUUAUAUUCGGAAGUCUUUUGGAAUUUGCAUUCGUUAAUACCAUCUGGCGCCGCACGUCAAAUGUUGAUGUCAAAAAGUUGAAAAGUAAAUACAUUUUGAGAUCAACUUUGUCACCGCGCUUAUACGAAACCUCCACAUUUCGUCAACAUAAUGCUGAUAGCGUAUCAAUGACUGCAAGUAGUGCUAGUGAACGUCCUCAUCCAGCCGUUAAUUACAGGAAUUAUUUAACCAAGCCAAAUAUGCAGGCUGAUGGUGGUGUAGCAACUGAGGAAACGAGAAAGUUUUAUGAAUUCGACAUUGGUUUGAUGGAAGAGGGUGGUGAUGAAAAUGUACAUGAGAACAGAAAUAGUUGGACUACUUUAACACCACAAGAAAUAUCACAGUGGAUUGAUGCCAAGGCACGAGUAAUGUUCCCCAUAGCUUUCAUAAUAUUUAAUGUGCUCUUUUGGACAUUUGUUUAUACAUUUUAG